GAGAGCGAAGAAGGAUCUAGAAGAGAAGAGAAGGUUGAAAACAAGUUCGGACUUUCGGUACUUUCAGUUGCAGGCCAGGUAAAAGCCGCCAAAGGCCCGCGUCGUCAAAGUUCGAACACUCACUAAUUUUCAACUUUAGUGGUUGAGAACUUUGAAACAUGUGGAAUAAGUAUGCUUGAAGAGUUCAAGAAGACUGGGUUGCGAAAAGAAGGAUACAAAUCAUUCAUAAGACAUCGUUCACAUUGAAUGGCUUAUUGAGACUAGUGCUUCUAUUAGACUAUUUUGAGCUAUGUUGUGUUGCGGAGGUGCAGAAGAGGAUUUUGGCAUUCCACCUACAAACCAAUAUAGUACAUCACCUAGAAAGGGUAAUACAUAUGGUGGUGGAGGAGGUGGUGAUAGAGGAGAGCCAAGGGGAAACCCUGCCAAAAGUGGUGCUCCACAGAAAGAGUUGCCAAUUGAAAUACCAGCUAUUUCAUUGGAUGAAUUAAAUCGAUUAACAGAUAACUUUGGUACAAAGGCAUUGAUAGGAGAAGGUUCUUAUGGAAGGGUUUACUAUGCAACGUUAAGUGAUGGUAUGGAUGUUGCAAUCAAGAAGCUAGAUACUAGUUCUUCGCCAGAACCUGACUCUGACUUUGCAUCACAAUUAUCAGUUGUUUCAAGAUUGAAGAGUGACCAUUUUGUGGAGUUAAUGGGAUAUUGUCUAGAGGAAAAUAACAGAAUUUUGGUUUAUCAACAUGCAAGUUUGGGUUCUUUGCAUGACAUAUUACAUGGAAGAAAAGGAGUGCAAGGGGCUGAACCUGGUCCAGUUUUAAAUUGGAACCAAAGAGUAAAAAUUGCAUUUGGUGCGGCAAAGGGACUUGAGUUUCUUCAUGAAAAGGUUCAACCUCCGAUAGUUCAUCGAGACAUUAGAUCUAGCAAUGUCUUGCUCUUUGAUGACUACGAAUCCAAGAUUGCAGAUUUCAACUUGACAAAUCAGUCUUCUGACACUGCAGCUCGACUACAUUCAACAAGAGUUUUAGGAACAUUUGGUUAUCAUGCUCCAGAGUAUGCCAUGACUGGGCAAAUAACCCAAAAAAGUGAUGUUUAUAGUUUUGGGGUUGUGCUUUUGGAACUUUUAACAGGAAGAAAACCAGUGGACCAUACAAUGCCUAAAGGGCAACAAAGUCUUGUAACUUGGGCAACUCCAAGAUUAAGUGAAGACAAAGUGAAACAAUGUGUGGAUCCUAAACUAAAUAAUGACUACCCACCUAAGGCAAUUGCUAAGUUAGCAGCAGUUGCAGCGCUUUGUGUGCAGUAUGAAGCUGAUUUUAGGCCAAAUAUGACUAUUGUUGUCAAAGCUCUCCAACCACUUCUCAAUUCAAAACCGGUUGGCCCUGACCCUAGUGCUUGACAUUCAAAUCAGACUUAAUUAUGUUUCAGCGACUAAUCAAUUUUUGUGCAACUUCCUACAUAAUGAAGCUAAUCCUAAUCUUGCUUUCAUUGUUCUAAAGGUUGUAUUAAGCUAAUCAAUGUUGAUUUUGUCUUUGUGACCUCUUGUAUUAUUGGAAACACAUAUGUAUUAUGUGGAUAAUGCAUGAAAGAGACCAUAAUUUUUCCUUAAAGAAUCAAAGGUAAGAAAAAAGAAUGAAAGAAGAUCCUUCAACAGAA